GUCCGUCGCUGCACCGCUUCCCCGCCGCCACUUCCGGCGCGGCCUACCCGUACCGCGGAGCCCCGGAUGGCGGCGGCGGCGAGGCUCAUCUGGAUGGCGGCGGCGCUCCUAACUCUCACGGCGGCGGGCAACAAGACCUCUCCUGCCGGGGACACCGCGGCUACGGAGGCGGCGCCGACGGAGACAUCCAGGUCCUCUUCGUCGUCGUCUUCUGGGCUGCUAGGCCUGCAUAUGCCGGCGCUUCACCGGGCGCUCUAUGUCAUCGCCGGGAUGGCCGGCAUCGGCCUCCUCUACUACCUCGGGGGCCGAGCGCUGCGGACGAGGAAACCGCCGCGGAAAAAGUACGGGCUCCUUUCCAACUCGGAAGACCCCAUGGAGAUGGCCUCCCUUGAGAGCGACGAAGAUACCCUGUUUGAAACGCGCAAUCUGAGACGUAAGCUGCCUUGAGCAUGGGAUGGCGGCCUGCAAAUAAAAUUAUGUGAUGACAGGACCAACGGCCUGAAGUGACCAGACGUGACCAGCGGAGUGGAGAGUGACCAUUGGAAGCCACUUUUAUCAAUUCCCUUUCUGUUGUUUCUUUUUUUAAACUGUUACUUUAAAAAAAAACACCUGUUAUCCGGAGCCGCUUCGGAUGCUGCUGAGCCCCACGCAACCUUCCUUCCCGGGGCUUUUGGAGAGGAGAGCUGGCGUCCCCUCUUUGCUCCGUGGCCGACGAGAUGAAUGUAGUGACUCUGGAGAUCGAACCAGAGUGACAAUGUAGUGACUCUGGAGAUCGAACCACAAAGCCGUCCGGGGCCGGGUUCCUUUCACAUUCCUAAGAACAGUCAGGACAAGAGGUUCAGAUCGGAAUUCCAGCCUGGGGGUAGGGUUGCCGUCGCUGGUACAACGUUGACGAUCUGACGCAGCUUGGGGGCCGGGAAUUUUCUCUCCUUGAGGAGGAGGGGACGAUCAGCAAGCUUUGCUGCAGCUGCUCUCCUUGGGUCCAGAUGUGGCAAACUGGAACGAGAUCACCACUAUUUAAGUCCCUCCCCCUUUCCCCGCCACCAGCUCACCCCUCUCCACCACCAAGCAGGAAAACCUGCAACUGCGUUCCACAAACUUGCUUUUGAAAUGCUGAGCGAUACAGUCCCAGCAAGAACUGGGGGCAACUCAGGGGUGCCUAAAAACCCAGUGCUGGCGCUUAAGGAAUUUUGAAAGGUGCUUUUGUGUUCCGGGGCGAGGGAGCAGUGGCUGGCCUGACGUCGUUGGACCCCAGCUCCCAUCACCCCCGGUCAGUGUAGCCGGGGGGUGAGGGGAUCUGUAGAACCACCUGCACUUGGAUGUCCUAAAGGUUCCAGACCCGUUGUUUUUGUUUCGUUUCUGUUUCGUUUACACCCAACCUUGGGCUCAUCCGUUGGCCGCUUACAGCAGGAGGCAUGGCUGCUCUUUCGCAGCGUUGCAACGGAUUGCUCAGCAAUUGGAGAAAGCACGUUCGCUGGCGAAGGAAAAAGGCAGCCAGGAAAUGCCAUUUUGACAGAACUGCCCCCUCCGUGACGAUAUCGCCUAAUGGUGUAGGUUGUGCUGCAGGUCAGGCUAAAACGGGGGAACUGUGGUUAUUUAAAGUCAUCGGUUUUUUCCCUUCCGUGCUACUGAUGAGAAGGAAGGAUAAUUCCCCCCUUUCCUUCCUCACCCCAGGAAGUCAAUCUCGGUCAGCCUUUCCCUAAAUGAUUUGCAGUUCCUUUCUUUUUGUGUCUGGCAUUGUAUGCUGCAAACAGCCUGUUUGUAAAUACAUCCCUGCUCAGAGUUGACCAAUGCUCAUAAAUGACAUUUUGCCUACUUUGGGCAGGAUUGACAUUGGCCGUAAUAACCCAAAGGUUUUCCAAAUGGGGCAAAGAGUCGGCAAGAAAAUACGGCUUUAUUGGUGGGUCACAGGUGUCUUUGUGUCGAAACCCAUCUCCUUUCCUUGGGGACCCAUAAGGCAAGGCAAUAUAUUAGAAAUGGGAUUGUCAAAACGAAAUCGGAGCUUGCCUCUCGAUUUGUGUUUGUGCGUGUUUGUGUAUGGAAGGGCCUGGUAAAACAAUUCUGGGAAGAUAACUUGUGCAGUUGUUGUUUUUUGUUCCAAACCUGAACAUUUCAGUUUUAAAAACAAAUAUGAGAAAAAUUAUUUUAUUAAAACUCUGCGGGGAUGUUAUUUUCUCUCUUUUGGUAGUUCUGGAAAAACCAUCCUUCCGGCCAAUGUGUAAUAAACAUUCCAUCCUCACCUGCA